AUGUCUUUCUUAUGGCACCGGUUGAAUCUGCCACCAGACGGUCUUCCGCCGCUGCUCUUCCAGUACAUCUGGACGCGCCAAGGCUAUGAGCUCUACAUGACCGAUCUCACCUCGAUCUGGACAGAACGCCUACCCCACAAGGAAGUCGUGAAACGAGCAGAAGCGGAUGCCACCACCAUCGAUCCAAGCGAGGAUCCGGGGCAAUUCACAGUUCUUCUACAGAAAAUUGGAGAAGCUCUGCACGGCGAUGGGGGCAAAACCACACUAAAAUAUGGAUCUCAAGCCGACUCGCUCGAGCUCACAACAACAACCAAGCUACCAGCUCCCUUGAAACCCUUGAGAUGGUCUCUGUACUUGUCAAAAGCAUCCGUGUCGUCUGUGACAAGCCGGCUUCUUCUCCCACUGCUAAGAGAAGAGGCAGAGCGCGAGUCCCGCCAACGGUCCCUCUUGGACCAGCUCAAGCAGAAGGACUGGGUCCUAAGCAAGCUCUUUGACAAGGUUGAAACCCUCGGAGUGGAUCUGGGGACCGUGUUUCCCGGCGCUCCAGGGCUGCGUACCAUUCGCAAGGGCAGCUCCUGGCCCGACGCGGCCAAGUUCAUUAAAGGCGCUGCGCCGUUCGAUGAGAAGACCUGGCUCGCCGAAGCCAGGGAAUCAUCGCCUGGUGGCUUAGGGCUAGCUGCGAAUCUGGUCCAAGAGAUUUCAGGAUCUGCCAGCAGUCGCGAUCUCAAAGAUCUCACUGCGCCAGAGGACAAGUGGUGGAAUCAACUAAUAAGACGCUCUGAAACUCUCGCUACACCGGCAACUCCAUAUCAAGAGGAAGAGGAAGAGGAAGAUGAAAAAAACAAGGAGCCAGCCAUUACCAAUACUCCAAAAGACAUCGAUUUAGAUGCCGACUCAACUACAGGCAGUGAAGACGAUGAAUUCGAGCGACAAGAGACACCCCCACGAUUGAAGCCCCAAGAAACCAAAGCAGCAGCAUCCCCACCAAAAUCAAAGCCAAAAAAGAAGAAAUCCCUUUCUCCGCAGCCACCGGCAGCAGAGGAAGACGAAGCUACUGCAACUGAAUCCGAGCCAGAGCCCGAGCCCGCACCACUCCGAAGACGUACCCCCAGUAUCUCCCCUCCACCCAAGCCAGCACCAGCACCAGCACCAGCGAAACCCCAAGCCCAAGAGCCUCCGAAAAGACUCAAAGGCGGACUAGGUGUCAUCGGCGGCAAGAAAAAGCAACCGCCUCCGCCAUCUCCCCCCGCUCCCUCGGCUUCUGUUCGGGCUCCUACUAGUUUGACCUCACCACGACCGCCCCAUGAACCGCUCAAACCAGCUGCCGACAAAGAGGCUGCUCCACCAGCAUCAGCGAUGCCCCCCACCAAAACCAAACGGCCCACGAAACUGGGCAUGAUCGGCGGAAAAGCCAAACCCAAAGCACCAGAGCAGACGGAGACUGUUGCCGCUGCGCCUGAGCCUCUUUCUACGUCUUCGCCGGAGAGAGUCCCUCCGACGAGGUCUGCAAGGCUAGAGGAUGAUGACCUCGACUCUACGGGGCUUGCAGCGCGCAAGCCGCUGAAAGCAGAGUCACCGUCCAGAGCGUCGCUAGUGACAGCAAAACCAAGCGUAAUUCCGUCUGCGCCUGAGCCCGAGGAGGCAAAGGCGGAUCGGAAGCGUGAGGAGCUGAAGCGGCAGCUCGAUGUGAAGAGUAAGGCUCCUGCGAAGAAGAAACGGAGGUUCUAA